AUGAGUAUGUCAAAUGGUUCAAGUGCAAGAUCUUCAACCCCUACUCACGAAGCAAAACCUGCUUCGAAUUUUAGUGAUACCCGCCUAAACGAUUUAAUGCCCUCCUUCCAUCUUGAAAAUCUUAAAAACACUGUACCAAACACUCUAUCAACCACUGCCUCAAUUUUAUUCUCUCCUUUGACUCCUCGAGCAGUAAAGGGUGAUGCUGUGACAAUAAUUACUGAAUUCGCUCCUCAAAUGAUGGAACGACGCGUACAGCAAUAUAUCAAUACUCGUCAAACUGAAAGUUCGAACCAACUUUCUUUUCCCACGGAUGAACUUUUGGUGACUACAGAUAUACCAGAAUCUAAAGCUCCUUUAUCUUUAAUUCAAGGCUAUAGAGCAACCUUUUCAGAGACCGAAUCAAUAAAUAACAGAAAAAGAGGAAAACAUAAACGAAAGGUUAAAGGCUUUUUAUCUGCCCCAUCAGAUGGGGUAUCCGAUUCUGAUAAUGAAUAUAAACCAUUAAAUCAACUAAUUGCUGAUCGUGAUAGAGUUGUUAAAGAAAAUGACAGAUUACGUUUGCAUGAGUUACGAAUGAUAACCGACAUUAAAAGAAUUGAAAAGGAAAUUGCCGAAUUGACCACAAAAAAGCUUGGUCUUGAGUCUAAUCUUACAAAUUUUGGCAUCAGAAAAGCUGAAUUGACUGACCAAUUGGAAGAUUUGAACGAAAAAAUCGCAAAUUUUUGCCAAGAAGAUAAUAAUGGUCAAAAUAUGCGUAUUAGAAAAGGAAAAACCACUUUAAGAUCGCAAGAGCCAGGAACUUGUAUAAAGACUUUGGAAGGACACGAUGAUAUGAUUUUAUGUCUUGACUUUAACAAAUCUAAUGGUACUCUUGCUAGUGCAUCUCUGGAUAACACUUUGAAGUUAUGGGAUUUAGCGAAUUAUCAAUGUUUAGGAAUCCUAGACGGUCAUAAGGGCAUUGUAAAUUGCAUGCGUAUGGACAGGAAUCAUUUGAUUACAGGGUCACGUGAUUGUACCAUUAGGCAAUGGGAUAUCUCAAAAGUGUCACCACCUACUAAAGUCAAACACGUAUCUGAGAUAAAAUUUAAUCAAAAUACAACGUCCAAUGAAAAUGGAUUGUCUUUUGUUGGAGACGAUUGCUGGCUGGCAACUUUAGAAGGACAUACAGGGAGUGUCACGUGUUUGCAUUACGAAAAUGGCUGCCUGGUAUCCGGUUCAUCAGAUAAGACCAUGAAACAAUGGGAUAUGGAAACAGGACAAUGUAUUUUAACAAUGGACAUUUUGUGGGCCAUGUCCAGCUCAAAAGCUGAACUUAGGCAAGUAGGUUUUUUCUCAGGCGAAUACGCGCUAGAAUAUGGAGAUUUUGUCGGAGCUCUUCAAUUUCGAGAUGUUGGUUUGGCAAGCGGAACUGAAGAUGUAAGAACAGGUCAGGCUCAUCGCACAUUACUUGGUCAUACAGGCCCUAUAACGUGCCUUCAGUUUGAUGAUUUACAUGUCGUAAGUGGAAGUAUUGAUAAAAGUAUAAAGAUAUGGGACCUAAGAACGGGAUCCGUAAUUGAUACUUUUACAUAUGAUUACGGCGUAAUCAGUUUACAAUUUGAUCCUCACAAAAUUGUCUGUAGCGCUGGCACUAAUGACAUAAAGAGCUUCGUUUCAGCAGUCCAAAAUCGAGGGGCACACGCAAUCAGUACGGUGCAUAAGAUAUAA